UCUCUGCAGUCAACCAUGAAGAUGUACACCUUUGCCUUCCUGUGCGCUUGCGGUCUCCUGGCCUUGCAGGUGCCCAGCACCACCGCAGUGGCCGCCACUACUGAGGAGAUCGUGGAGAAGCACAACGCCCUGAGGAGAGGAGUCCAGCCGACCGCCAGCAACAUGCUGAAGAUGACAUGGAGCAGCGAGGCUGCAGCCCACGCUCAGCAAUGGGCCGACACCUGCUCCAUGAAGCACAGCACUGCAGCCUUCAGACAGAUCAGCACCAGUGACUGUGGUGAGAACCUCGCCAUGGCCAACUAUAAAAACAGCUGGACCAACUCCAUCCAGACCUGGUACAACGAGGUGCAGGACUGGAAGUACGGUGUCGGAUCCUACAACGGACGAGAUGUCGGACAUUACACCCAGGUUGUGUGGUACCGGUCCAACGUGAUCGGCUGUGGGAUGGCUUACUGCCCCAACUCCGAGAACUACUUCUUCGUCUGCCAUUACUGCCCAGCCGGGAACUACGGGUUUGCCGUGCCAUACAAUUCCGGACCCACUUGCGGAGAUUGUCCCAAUGACUGUGACGAUAAACUGUGCACCAACCCCUGUCCCCAUACUGAUCAGUACAGUAACUGUGCGGACCUGGCGCAGCAGUGGGGCUGCGGCCACACGCAGGUGGCCUCCUCGUGCCCAGCCACCUGCAAAUGCGCCAAUCUGAUCAAAUGAUCAUGGUGAAGAAUCACCCAUAAGAAGAGUUCUUCGAUUCCUAGCUAUGCUGUGAACCACGAUUAGCAUGGUCAAUGGAACCUCAUCCAUUUAGAUUGUGAUUUGGCCACAUGUUCAACCUUUUAAAUGAUUCUGAUAUGAUGAAAUUAUUAAAUAAAUUCAAAUGAAAUAAA